UCUAAAGGAGGAGCUGAGCGCGGAGGGGCAGCGUUGGGCCGAGAGCUGGCAGACGCCGGAGCAGAGGGCAGGCGAGUGGCAGGCGGCUGGGAACAGGUGCGGUACCCGCCGACAGCCGCGGGGCGGCGGCUCCGCCGGUGGGCAAAGGGCUCGACUCAGCGCCUCGACAGCCCGGCGGACACUGAGCCCUAUGGUGCCGCGGCGGGAACCGGCUCCUGGUCGCUGCCUUCGAAAGGGGGCAGCGGAGCCCACCGGCCCUGGUGCUUCGCAGGCAUGAGGAACCUGCCGGUCAUUCUUCUCUCUGUCUGCUGGAGUCUGGGGCUGGUGAAUGGUGUUCAUCCAGAAUGCAGAUUUCAUCUGGAAAUUCACAAGGAGGAAACAAGGUGCAUGGAACUUCUAAAGAACACAAAGCCAGUGGACUACAGAGGAUGUGUUGGAGUUUGGGAUAACAUCACCUGUUGGCGUCCUGCAAAGAUUGGAGAGACUGUCACUGUCCCUUGUCCAAAAGUAUUUAGCCUUUUUUCUGGCAAACCAGGAAAUAUUAGCAAAAAUUGUACAAGUAGUGGAUGGUCAGACAUUUUUCCUGACAUCUUAAGUUCUUGUGGAUAUAAUGACUACGAAGAUGAUUAUAAGGUCAAUUUCUAUGUAAGGGUGAAGGCAAUUUAUACCCUUGGACACAGUGUAUCUCUGAUUGCUCUUACAACGGGAAGUAUAAUUCUUUGCCUUUUCAGAAAACUUCAUUGUACUCGGAACUACAUCCAUCUGAACCUGUUCCUCUCUUUCAUUCUAAGAGCAAUCUCUGUUUUAGUCAAGGAUGAUAUUCUCUAUUCCAGAUCCAACACAUCUCACUGUCCAGAGGAUCAAACCUCGUGGAUGGGCUGCAAGGCUAUCUUGGUGUUUUUUCAGUAUGGUGUUAUGGCAAAUUUUUACUGGCUCUUAGUUGAAGGACUUUACCUGCACAUCCUCCUCGUGCUAAUAUUCUCCCCCAACAGACACUUCACGAUCUACCUGCUGAUUGGAUGGGGGAUUCCUACCAUAUUCGUUAUUACAUGGACAGUGACACGGAUCAUUUUAGAGGACACAGGUUGCUGGGAUACAAAUGAGCAUGGUGGUCCGUGGUGGGUUAUACGAAUACCGAUCUUAAUUUCUAUUAUAGUGAAUUUUAUACUUUUCAUUAGUAUUAUGAGAAUCUUACUGCAGAAGCUAAGAUCUCCAGAUGUUGGAGGAAAUGACCAGUCACAGUACAAGAGACUUGCAAAAUCCACGUUGUUGCUUAUUCCAUUAUUUGGAGUUCACUACACAGUGUUUGCUCUAUUUCCUGACCGCAGUUCCAGUAAUUAUAAAAUAAUCUUUGAGUUGUGUUUGGGGUCUUUUCAGGGGUUGAUUGUUGCAGUCCUCUAUUGUUUUCUGAACAGUGAGGUGCAAGGGGAACUGAAAAGAAAAUGGCGGAGUUUGUGCUGGAAGCAGACAGCAGGCAGAGAUUACAGACUCCACAGCUCUUCGAUUUCUCGAAAUGGAUCAGAAAGCGUUUCUCGGCUCCAUCGGCAUUCACGGGCUCAGUCAUUUAUGCAGACGGAGACCACCGUGAUAUGAAUCGGCUAGGUCCCUCAAAAGAUGAAAAAGUGGGGGAUGUAUCUUUCAUUGUGCAGGUUGAUGUGGUAUUUUAUAAAAUGCGCGGUUCAGUGCUUUGCUUUGCUACACGCUGGUAUUUGGGAAAUGGGUUUGUGCAGCCAGCCAGUUAAUAAUGGCGACACCUACCCCACGAACGCCUUUGUUUCCUUUAAAGGGGACUCAUUAAUUCUGAGGUUCUCUUGCUAUUUGCUGGCUGUAACUAUUCAAAAACUCAUUUACUAUAGUAGCGUCUUUACCUCCAACAUAACUACAAGAUAUAUACAUGGUAUCAUGUUCAAUGCAUAUUCUUUGGUACAUAUUGAAAAGCGUAAGAUGGGAAGAAAGAAAAAUUCUUACACUUUCAUUUAUACUGAAGGAAACAUUUAUUUCCUUAAGGAUUAAGAAAUUCUUUACUAAUUAUGGAAAACAAGGUGAAAAUAAUGAAGUGUAAGGCCAUCAUUAACCACACUGGCAGUUUAGUGUGCUAAUCCAGGAAAUCAGUGCCAUUAUUUAUUUGGAGGGAAAAAAGGUAGCACUUGCUUUAAUUGUGUAACUUUCAGAGAUUGCUUUCUACAGAAUUUUAUUCCAAUUCUGUUCCUUUCAGAAGUGCCUGGCUUUAUGUUUACGUGCAGAAAGCAGGGCUACCUUUAUAGUCCAUCCAGAAAAGACUACUGUGAAUAGUUUUAAUUACAACAUCAGCUUUUCCAAUAGUGUGAUUGCAAUCACCAGUUGUUGUCUUCUCUUUAAAAUCCAAGAGAUUGGUGUUGAUCUUUUAUUAAAUAAUUUUCUGAAGAGGUCCUUUACUGCUAGAGCAGUCUGGCAUAGGAUAAACAGCCUUGGCUUUGAAAAUAUAAUUUUUAUAUAAUAAUAUAAAUAUCUCUCUAGAACUACAUACUUGACAGCUAAAACAAGGAAUGUUUUAAUAUACUUACAACUGCCAUUUAAGGAAUAGUGAAAUCGUUUUAGCUUAAUUCUCUUCUGUAUCUAUCUGAGCUGAAUUAAAAAGUAGCCGUGACCAUGACUCCAGCCAAAAAAAAGAUAGAAUCUCUAAAAAUUGCCAUAAAAGGCAUAAAUAGAAGGAAUUAUCAACAAUGCCAAGACUCUUAUGUAGCCACAUUAAAAAAAAAAAAAGGGCAUAGAACAGUCAGAUUCUUAUAAACAUACACAGCACAUUUGCACACUUUAAAAGAAAUAACCCCAGUAAUGUUUACUUCUCCUGUCCUGUUUAACCAUGUUCGCUCUAAAUAGCAAGUGGUACUAAUACAUAUUUUCAUGAGUACCUCUGAACCAUAAAAGCAA